GGCGCGCGGCUCUGUCGUCAUACACACGCGCGCAGCCGCUCGCCAGGACAGCUGCAGAGCUCUCAUGGCGAGCCCGGCCGCCUCAUCCGUGCGACCGCCUAGGCCCAAGAAAGAGCCGCAGGCGCUCGUCAUCCCCAAGAAUGCGGCGGAGGAGCAGAAGCUCAAGCUGGAACGGCUAAUGAAGAACCCGGACAAAGCAGUUCCAAUUCCAGAAAAAAUGAGUGAAUGGGCACCUCGACCUCCCCCAGAAUUUGUCCGAGAUGUAAUGGGUUCAAGCGCUGGGGCUGGCAGUGGAGAGUUCCAUGUGUACAGGCAUCUGCGCCGGAGAGAGUACCAGCGACAGGACUACAUGGAUGCCAUGGCUGAGAAGCAAAAAUUGGAUGCAGAAUUUCAGAAAAGACUGGAAAAGAAUAAAAUUGCUGCGGAGGAGCAGACUGCAAAGCGUCGGAAAAAGCGCCAGAAGUUAAAAGAGAAGAAAUUAUUGGCAAAGAAGAUGAAACUUGAACAGAAGAAACAGAAAGAAGGAUGCAGUCAGUCCCAGGAGCAGUCAUCUAGUGGCUCUGAGGCGGCAUCUGGAACAGAGGAGGAGGACGAGCCCAGUUUCAUCAUGGGGCGAUGACGAGGUUGGCCACGGCAGCUGUCUGGAGCCUGGCCCGCUCUGUGACCGGGACCCCAGAAAAUCCUCCACAGGCCUCAAGGGGAAGGGAGCAAUCUCUGUUUCAGCUCAGUUUCCCUCCCAAAGCCUCACUGGAUAGAAGCAAGUAGAAGUCCACCCUAAGGGCUCACAGCCCCUGUGUUGGCAGGACUGGGCCUGUGGGAGAGAGGACUGUCUCCUGGACACUCGAGGGCACUGCCAGGCAGGGUUCGUUAAUGUUCUCGCUGCAAGGGGGAAAUGUAUGACCUGGUCCCCCUGGUGCCUGCUCUCACAUAAUUGGACACUGAUGAGUUUGGGGCUGGUUUCUGUGAAGCGAAUGUUUAUUUAGUAAAGAACAGAAAAACUCCAGGUUUUGUUCUGACCUGUGAAUGUUAAUUACAGAAAUUGUAGAGAAGGCUGUGAAACGACAUGAGAGGGAUGGGGCCUGUUCCCAGACUCGUUGAAGGAAAUGGCCGUGGAGCCAACUCACUGCAGGGCACGUGACCUCCAUUUCCUUCAACGGAGAGUGCAGACUGCACCCCAGAACACAUGCGCAGAGGGAGAUGUGGGACUUAACUGAGGCUGAGCCAGAAGAGAGGACCUUAACGUGUGAGAGGAGCUUUGGAAAAACAACUGGUGAGUAGAAAAUAAGCAGGUAGAGAAUCUAAGCAGGUAGAGAAUCCAGCCUGGGCUGGAGCAGAGAUGGCCUGGGGGAUCCUAGCUGCACUGCAGGGGAAGCAGAUGCAUUGGCCAAAAGCUGCAUUUUCAUCUGGAGUUAAGAGGGGAUCUAAACAGAAAAUGGGAGGUGACUGAGGGUGUCUUUUCAGGCCAACAGGAGGAACAGGGAUGGUCUCUAAUUUUAGAGCCUUAGCUCACUUUUUGGAUAUUUCCAAGCUUCUAGCUCUAUUUUGUGCCUUUUAUGGAGUUUGAUAGAAGUAGGGAAAUAGUGGUUUUGAGUGAAGGGAAACUAAGAAACAUCUUACUUUUCUCAAUUUCUCUGGCUCCACCCUGAGCCAUGUGACAUCUGUGAUAACUUCUGUCUUUCCGCAGUUCAAGUCACAGGAAUUUUUCUUUCCCAGGAAGCUGAAGUGGCAAGUCAGCCAUAAUAAAUUAGCACACACCCUAAC